AUGGAGACUACGAACGUGUUAAAAGAUAUCACGGAAUCGAAUAAUGUUGUAAAAGCUUCUGACAUCGAUGUCGAUGAAGACUCGGGGUUUUCAAGCCGUCCAGACACAAAUGAUGAUAAAAAUGAUUCAAACGAUAAUUUAAUUUGCAACGAUGUCAAGUUUAGCACCAUUAAGAUUGAAGAACCACGUGUGAAAAAAACUCGUCCUGAAACAGAAGAGAAGCGUGCGAGAGAAGAGGAUUAUCAGCGUCAACGAAAAGAACAAGCAUAUAACAGUUUGAAGCAUUUGUUAAAAAAAAGCAAAUUUUAUUCGAAUUUCAUCAAGGCCAACGUAAAUAAUCCCAAGAAAUCACCUGUUAAACGUGGUAGAUCUCCUACUCGUAAUUCUUUUAAAAAACGCAAAAAAUCAGAUUUUAGUGAUGACGACGUUGAAAAUUCACCCCCAAAGAAGACUAGAUUCAGCCAAAGAACAUUAUUGAAGAAAAUUGAAAAAAUAAAUAAUAAGACUAAAGGUCCAAAAAAUAAAAAACUGAAUCUGAGUCUUUCAGACAUCGAAGAUGAAUUGAACGCUAAGUCUGAUGAUGAGGAAAAAAAUGAAGAAGAAAAAAAAUUCGAGGCACCUAUUUAUUUUACUGGUCAACUUCAUCCUUAUCAAACAGUAGGUCUGGACUGGCUUCGGGCUUUACAUAAGAAUGGGUUGAACGGAAUUUUGGCUGAUGAAAUGGGUCUGGGAAAAACGAUUCAAGUUAUCGCUCUGAUUUGUUGGCUAAUAGAAAUUCGUGUGCCUGGUCCCUAUCUAAUUAUUGCCCCGUUGUCAACGAUACCCAACUGGGAAGCAGAAUUUAAACGCUUUGCACCCGAAUUACCGGUAUAUGUUCUGCAUGGAACACUGGAAGCUCGCAAAGCUGUUGCUAAGAAAAUUAAAACCAAGAAAACAAUACAUGGGUUCAAAACUCAUCCUAUUGUUUUGACAACCUACGACGUUGCUUUAAGAGAUGCCAAUACUGUACUGCGCGAUUAUAAUUGGCGUUAUAUGGUUGUUGAUGAAGGCCAGCGGAUUAAAAAUCACAAUAGCCAAUUGGCGUGUGCUUUAAGGACGGUCAAUUCAGUUCAUCGUUUAAUACUGACUGGAACACCUUUGCAGAAUGAUUUGAAUGAGCUUUGGGCUUUGUUGAACUUUCUUCAGCCCGACAUUUUUAAUGAUCUUGAUGUUUUUCAGUCUUGGUUUGAUAUAAAAGAGAUGUUGGACGAGGCGGGUGCCGAGAAAAUUCUUGAGCAAGAAAAACAAAAAAAUAUUGUCAGCAUGUUGCGAGAAAUUCUCAAACCAUUUAUGCUAAGACGAGUCAAGGAGGAAGUUGGUCUGAAUUUGCCGAACAAAAAAGAGAUGAUUGUCUACGCGCCAAUUACUGAGAUACAGCGUGAACUUUACACUGCCGUUCUUAAUUAUGACUGCCACGUGUUGUCAAUGAAACCGCGAGAACCAGCAAUAAUUGAAAGUCCUGCAGAUGGAAGAAGACCCAAACGAGCUUGUUCAAUGAGAAAUAAAUAUUCUGAAAAUUAUUUUAAUCCGCUUGAUUUAAAGGACAUGGAUGGUGAUAUUAACGCUUUAAAAUCUGAAAAAAAGCCUGAUAUUCUUGAUGACAAACACCUGACUGAAGGUCAACGAAAAAUAUUAAGUACCUGGAUAAAUUAUACUGAUAUAGAUGAAAGAAACAAAGAUUAUUUUAUCCGUUUAAAUUUUUCGGGAAAUCGCUAUCCACUGUAUCGUAAAAUCGUUGAUCAUCCGUAUUUGGUACAUUGGCCCAAAAGUGCUACCGGAUAUUUGCAAAUCGACGAAAAUUUAAUUAAAUCUUCAGGAAAACUGCUUGUUCUAGACGCUAUGCUCCACAAAUUACACGCAAAAGGCCACAAAGUACUUAUAUUUUCGACGUUAGUCAUGUUACUAGACUUACUUGAGGAAUAUUUAACCUUGAGAGAAUGGAACUACGUAACUCUUUCCGGAAGAACAAAAAUUGAAGAACGUGACGAAAACAUCUAUAAGUUUAACAAUGAUCCCGACGUAUUUUUGUUUUUACUAUCUACUCGUGCUGGUGGUCUAGGACUCAAUUUAGCAGCCGCUGACACUGUUAUUAUUUAUGACAGUGACUGGAACCCUCAAGUUGAUAUCCAAGCGAUGGCUCGCUGUCAUCGAAUCGGACAAACUCGCCCAGUAGUCAUCUAUAAGCUGUGUACCAAAGGGACUAUCGAUGAAACAGUUAUGAAUCGCGCUCUAGCAAAGCGUAAUCUUGAAAAAAUGGUCAUCUCAAAGGAAUUGGAACCAUCCAUUAACAUCACUGCUAAUUUUGUGGAAGAGCUUCGACGACUAUUCAAUAGUUCAAAUGACAUUGUUAUUACUUCUAAAAAACAAGUUUACUCAGAUGCCGAACUUGAAAAAAUUUUGGAUCGCAGUGAUUUAUUUAAAGUAAACUCAGAAAACUCUUUAAAGAACUAA